AUUCUUCUCUGAAAUGGAGGAGAUCCUUGGCAAAGACCAUGCAGUUACUACAAAGUGUCUUCUGCCUAGUGCUUCAACAUCAACAGGUAAAACUUCUGAAGAAUUCCAACCAACUGCUAGUAAGAAAAAGCAUGAAUCAGAUUCAGAUGGAGAGAAUAGCUCAGCUUCAUCAUGUACAAGUGAAAAGGAAAGGAAAAAGCGACGAACACAGUCAUCAGAAGUUAUAGAGUUUUUAAGCACUUGUGAACAGAAACAAGAGGAGAGAUACAAGAAGGAAAUAGAGCAGAGAAAAAAAAUGCACACUGACUUCUAG